AUGGAGAAGCGUACCGACGAAAACGACGUGCCGGGAACAGUCCAGACUAAUACGUGGUGUAAAGUGAACAAUGUCUCCGACAAGGUCGUCCUGCACCCCGUGCCGACGACAGAUCCCAACGAUCCGCUCAACUGGUCUACCUUGAGAAAGACGGUGAACUACUCGCUCGUCCAGCUCUAUGUUCUCUUGACGUUUGUUCAGCUCGACAUUGGAUUCACCGCCUGGAAUCAGUACCAGGAGGAGCUCGGCUUGACCGUCGGCAUGCUCAACGGCGCCACGGCGCUCAACUACGCCGGGCUGGCUGUAGGCAGCUUCUUGUUCAUUCCCCUGAUGCACAAGUACGGAAGACGCCCGCUCUACAUCUUCAGCGCCAUGCUGCAGCUCGGUUCGUGCAUCUGGUUCGCACGGGCAAACACCCAAGCCGACAUGUGGAUGGCCAAUCUGGUCUCUGGCCUCGGCGGCGCCGUUUGCGAGACGGUUGUGCAGGUCACCAUCUGCGACAUCUUCUUCAUCCACCAGCACGCCGUCAUGAAUGCCAUCUACCUGCUGUUCACGAGCGUGGGUGCCUUCCUCGGACCCGUUGCCGCCGGAUACAUUGUGGACAGCCAAGGGUGGAGGUGGAUGUGGUGGUGGUGCGUCAUCUUCUUUGGCGUCAAUCUUGUGCUUGUCGUGUUUUUCUUCGAGGAGUCCAAGUUUGUCGGUACGGUACAGGGACAGCAGGUGGCCGACAUUGUGUCUAUAUCAGACGUGACCAAGGAAGACAGUCAGCACGUCGAAGAAAAGGCAUACAAGUCCGAUUUCCGAAUAAGCGAGGACGACAUGCAACGCACCGAGUCUCGGAGUUAUAUCGACAGCAGUAUCCCCAUCAAGUCGUACCGGGAACGCAUGACCCUGAUCACACGCACUGACGAGUCGAUUCUUCGACAUAUGCACGAGCCCUUUCCUGUUCUGUUUACGUUUCCAGCUGUUUCCUUUACGGCCAUUACAUACGGCAGCAUGCUUGCCGUGUUUGCCAUUCUGGUGUCGGUACAGGCCAUCUUCCUCUUCAACCCACCGUAUAAUUUCUCGGCCGCCGGAGUAGGGCUCAUGAAUAUCGCACCGUUUGUGGGAACGAUUCCCGGCGUGUUUAUCGGCGGCUCCCUCAACGACAAGUCUAUUCUUUGGCUCUCCAGGAAGAACGGCGGCGUGUACGAACCAGAGAUGAGACUUUGGCUGACACUGCCCUGCGCAAUUAUUGGUCCGGCCGGCAUUCUCAUGCUGGGCGUGGGGUUGGCAAAUGGUGCCGCUUGGCCACUGCUCGCGGUCGGAUUCGGUCUUUUUGGCUUCACCCUUACUGUCGCAGGCAGCAUUGCCUUGUCCUAUGCCAUGGACUGCUAUCACGACAUUGUCGGGAGCUCCAUGAUAGGCAUCAUAUUCACUCGAAAUGUCUUGUCGGUCAUCGUCCUGUUCUCGCUCACCCCCUGGAUUGAAACCAUGGGCCUGCAAAAUGUUCAUAUAUUGGUCGCUGGUAUCUUGGGUCUCAUUCUUCUUAUACCUGUACUUCUUCUGAAAUGGGGCAAGAAGGCUAGAGUGCGGUCUGCCAAGGCAUAUCGAGCCAUGGCAGCGCGUCAGUCAACGAGCAGGGAGCUGUAA